CUCUGCUGAAGCGCAGCAGCAGCAGUAGCAGCAGCAGCAGAGUGGGUAACUACAGUUUACAGCUCUGCGCUAUCCGGCACAGUGAGUCAGCUGAGCUUACCGGGAACACAAGCGCCGGUCCGCUCCGAUGAGUGAAUGAAUGAAUGAAUGCGAGGAGAGAUCCUGCAGGAUCCGGAGACAGAAGGGCGAAGCUGCAACUGUGGAGAGUCUGACAUGGAAAUACAGAAGUGAUCGGAGCAAGCUUGUUGACGCAUAAUCCCGCCCGCCCCGCUGGCAGUGUGAGGGGGCAAAUCUAGCCUGCCUAAACUCAAAUCCUCCAAAAGAGAUUUGUGCGCUGCUGCUGCUGCUGCGGGUUCAGCCACCUUCAAGAAGAUUUCUGUCAUUUUUUGACCGGCUGUAAAGACGCGUUUUCGGGGUGUUAAUGCGUAUAUUUUGGGGGAGAUAAAUAUGUCUCCGAUGAGUUAUCUGAAGCAGAGGACGUAAAGCGCGGCGAUAAUUAGGAUAUUAAAUCCAAACUGGUCUGUUGGAGCCGGUGCUGUCACUGCGUCCCGGUGGGCCGUUUCAUGCGUCCUGAGGUGUGGACAGGACCUGCCCCGACAUCAUCACAGGUAUUUGAUUGCGAUUGUGUUGAUUACGCCGGAGAUCUGGAGCCAUGACAGGCCCCCCGCUGGUCCCACAGCCCGCCUGCUGACGGUACCGGGCAGGAUGGGAGCAGGUCUGCCGCUUUCAGGAUCCCGAACCAGCCGAUUUAUCAAUGGAGGAGGAGAGUGAUACCCGGAAAAUCAACAACAGCUUCCUUCGCGACCACAACUAUGCAACCGAAGCUGACAUUAUCUCAACUGUGGAGUUUAACUCAUCGGGGGAGCUGUUGGCCACCGGAGAUAAAGGAGGCAGAGUGGUUGUCUUCCAGAGGGAGCAGGAGAGUAAGAGCCAGCCCCAGCGUCGAGGGGAGUACAAUGUUUACAGCACAUUCCAGAGCCACGAGCCGGAGUUUGACUACCUGAAGAGUUUGGAGAUUGAGGAGAAGAUCAACAAGAUCAAAUGGCUUCCUCAGCAGAACGCCGCCUACUUCCUGCUCUCCACCAAUGACAAGACGGUUAAGCUUUGGAAGAUCAGCGAGAGAGACAAGCGUCCGGAGGGCUACAACCUGAAGGAUGACGACGGACGGAUCAGGGACCCGUCGACCAUCACCUCGCUACGGGUGCCGGUGCUGCAGCCUAUGGACUUGAUGGUUGAAGCUACAGCCAGGCGAGUAUUCAGCAACGCCCACACAUACCACAUCAAUUCCAUCUCUGUCAACUCCGACCUUCAGACCUUCAUCUCCACUGACGACCUCAGAGUGAACCUAUGGAACCUGGAGAUCACUGAUCGCAGCUUCAACAUUGUGGACAUCAAACCGGCCAACAUGGAGGAGUUGACCGAAGUGAUCACCUCAGCAGAGUUUCAUCCCCAGCAUUGUCACACCUUUGCCUACAGCAGCAGCAAAGGCUCUAUACGCCUCUGUGACAUGAGACAGGCCGCACUCUGUGACAAACACUGCAAAUACUUCGAGGAACCGGAGGAUCCUUCCACUCGCUCCUUUUUCUCUGAAAUCAUCUCAUCCAUCUCUGACGUGAAGUUCAGCCACAACGGGCGCUACCUGAUGACAAGGGACUACCUCACUGUCAAAGUGUGGGACCUUCAAAUGGAGAACAAACCACUUGAGACAUACCAGGUUCACGAUUAUUUGCGAGGCAAACUUUGCUCUCUGUAUGAAAAUGACUGCAUCUUUGACAAAUUCGAGUGCGUCUGGAAUGGAUCAGACAGCGUCAUCAUGACCGGCUCCUACAACAACUUUUUCCGAAUGUUUGACCGAAACACCAAACGGGACGUCACACUGGAAGCAUCCAGGGAGAACAGCAAGCCCAGAGCUAUUCUUAAGCCUCGCAAGGUGUGUGUGGGUGGGAAACGUCGUAAGGACGAGAUCAGUGUCGACAGCUUAGACUUCAGCAAGAAGAUCCUUCACACUACGUGGCACCCGCAUGAGAACAUUAUCGCCGUGGCAGCCACCAACAACCUCUACAUCUUCCAAGACAAGGUCAACUAAAGGGCAAGCUGCCCCCGCUGACCCUUGACCCCACACGUGAGGAUGAGGGAGGGAGAGGUAGGGCGGGAGAAAGAGAGAGAUGGAGCUCUUAUCAACAUCCUCCUCCUCCUCCUCCUCCUCCUCUUCCUAUGUCGUGUUGCUGCUGUCUUGAAUUUCACCGCUCUGCUGAGGAGGAAGUGCAGAGUUUCCUGGAAGGGGGACGUAUCCAGUGACUGAAACGGGUGCGGUAUGAAUUUGGUGAAGAUGGAAACGGAUACAGCCUGGGUACAGCUAGAAGAAAAAGGUUCCUUUGAAACCAAGAAUGAACUUUCAUUCUUCAAUUUGACUUCUAAUUUAAUUUAUUUAGCCACGUGGACACAUACAGAAGUGAAUCCUGUGCAUUUAUGCAACAAGAGGAUUGCUGCAUGAAUAACGUGAUGUAGCAGCCCUCUGGACCCUGAGGAAAGGGACGGAUGUGGGUACACUGAACAAAACGUAGAGCACACACACAGAGAUCUAGCUUACAUGAUGGUGGCUCAACGUCAUGUAGCAACAGUGCCCCCUCUCUCUUUGAAUCUGCUCAUGCUACAGUGCAUGUGACCAACCCCUGGACAGUGCAACCUGCUGCAAAAGAAUUCCUACAUAAGAGGAAGAGACUGUUAAUCUCUGACCCCACAAACUGAGAGUUUUCUCUGCCUGUCACACACGGUCAGUCUUUCUAGUACCAAUUUUUUGUCUCCCUGGUGAGACCGCUGUAGUCUGUAAUGUGAAUGAAGCCCUUCCAGGCUGUGUCAAUGGUUUUAUUUAAUGCUGUUGUUUUAUCAAGUCCUUCUCUUGGUUAAUGAGUCUGUUUAGAAAGCUGUGGUGCCUUCUUUUGGUAUGUGGGGGUUCGAUGU